UUUGACACUUCUGAGGCUGAACACACCGUGAAGAGAGAGAUCUCCAAAUGCAUCAACAUGUCGGCCCCGGGGCCCCACGCCAUCCUGCUGGUCAUCAAGCUGGGGCCCUUCACAGCAGAGGAAAGAGACGCCGUCAAGAAGGUGGAGGAGAUCUUUGGGGAGGACGCCUGGAAGUACACCAUCAUCCUCUUCACACACGGAGACAGAGUCACGUCAGACUUCAGACCGCUGCAGGAGGCAGGACCUGAGCUGCAGGAGGUCCUGAGGAAGGCAGGAAACAGGUAUCGCAUCUUCAACAACGUCAAAGUCAACGAUCGUGGACAGGUCCUGGAUCUGCUGGAGAAGGUGGAGGAGAUGGUUGGUGCCAACGGAGGAGAGUUUUACUCCAACUACACCUACCAGGAGGUGGUGACGAUGCUGCGUCAGAGAGAGGCCGAGCUCACAGAGUUCUACAAGAAGAAAGUGGAGGAAGAAAUCAAACGUGUGGAGUCAAAGUACCAGAAGAAGCUGAGUGAAGCUCAACAGGAGCGUCAGAAGGUGGAGGAGAGGCUGCAGGCUGAGCUGCAGGAGGUGAAGCGCUACUAUCGGGUUUUAGAGAGCGGAGUCCGUCAGGUCGUGGAGCAGACGGUGCCGACUGACUCCUUCAGUGAACUUCUUUCCCAGUUUAAUGAGACUCAGAGGCUAAAAUUCACUUCUUAAAGCUGCUGAUGCUUUCACUGUCCAACUCUACACACUCUCCAAACUGAGUUAAAACUCAACUUUACAAUCUGGUGUCUUUGGUAUCCUGACAUGUGAUGCACUGUGUUCAUCUGACGUUACAGAAAACAGGGAUUGUUCAAAUCAGUUUAGCUUCAUGUGUUGUAUCUUUUUACAGAAACACUCAGACAUGUCUGACUGGAGUUUAAAGUAGAGCCUGUAACACUCAGACUGACCGGAGUGACUUUUGUAUUAAUUAUUAGACGAUGUGAUUUUUUUAAACUCAUGUUAAUAAAUAAGUAUUUUUGUGUCUUAAUUGUUGUGAAAGCAAAGUGUCGUCCUUUAAAUGAAAACAAACUGGUUAUUAAUGAUGC